AUGUUGUCAACUCGUCUGCUGCUGCUCUCAGCAGCCCUCUUCCUCUUCACAUCCUCAGCAGCCUCCACCAAGAAGUCCCGCGACGAAACCUUCCAAAACCCAGUCCUCUACGAAGACUACCCAGAUAAUGACAUCUCCGUCGGCCCAGACGGCGCAUUCUACUUCUCAGCCUCCAACUUCCACUACAGCCCCGGCGCUCCCAUCCUGCGGUCCCUCGACCUCGUCAACUGGGAACCCGUUGGCCACUCCAUCCCGCGACUAAACUUCGGCGAUGCCUACGACCUCCCGCCCGGUGGCCCGCGCGCCUACCGAGGGGGCACCUGGGCCUCGACGCUGCGGUAUCACGAGACCAACGGCCUGUGGUACUGGAUCGGGUGCACCAACUUCUGGAUUACCUGGGUCUUCACCGCCGCAUCCGUCGAGGGCCCCUGGUAUAACCGCGCCAACUUUGGUGGUGAGAAUUGCAUGUACGACAAUGGCUUGCUGAUUGACGACGAUGACACAAUGUACGUCGUCUACGGCAACGGCCAGGUCAGCGUCGCUCAGCUCGCUUCCGAUGGGCUCAGCGUCGUGAAGACGCAGCAGGUUCUCCAAGCAUCUGAUGUCAACACCGAAACUGUAGAGGGCAACCGGAUGUACAAGAUCAACGGCACAUACUACAUCCUCAACGACCAGCCCGGCUCCACAACCUACAUCUGGAAGUCGAGCAGCCCAUGGGGUCCCUACGAGGCCAAGAUCCUCGGCCAGAACAUCGCCCCGCCCCUCGAUGGAGGAAAUUCACCUCAUCAGGGCAGCCUCAUCAAGAUUGCGCAAGGAGACUGGUACUUCAUGUCCUUCACCUGGGCGUAUCCCGCCGGCCGUAUGCCCGUGUUGGCGCCCAUUGUCUGGGGCGCGGAUGGGUUCCCUGAACUCGUCAAGGGAAGCAAUGGCGGCUGGGGCUCAUCAUACCCCUUGCCACUACCAUCCCAACCGGUGUACAACUGGACGCGAACCUAUACUUUUGAAAGCGAACUCGGUCCGACCUGGGAAUGGAAUCAUAACCCCGAUGUGGCAAGCUUCGAGGUCAAUAACGGCGUAACGCUCCGCACCGCCAGCGUCACCGAGGACAUUUACUCUGCGAGAAACACCCUCACCCACCGGAUCCACGGGGAGUUCCCCAAGGGCACCGUCGAGAUCGACUUUAGCAACAUGGUCGACGGCGACAGAUUCGGGCUCGCGGCUUUCCGCGACCAGACGGCGUACAUUGGCAUCCACCGCAAUGGCAGCGAGUACACCCUCAAGGCGAUCCACGGCAUCAUCAUCGACGAGUGGUCCGGCAAUCCCGUCGACCCAGGCAGAGAGGUGGCUUCUGCGCCUGUACCCAGUGGUGCUACCAAAGUCUGGUUUCGGGCUGAAUUGGAUGCGAGGCCCACGGGCACUAAAGACGCCAACUUUUUCUACAGCUUUGAUGGUGCCCAGUUUACCAAGUUCGGCGAGACAUACGAGUUGUACUCUGGGUGGGCGUUCUUCAUUGCGUAUCGCUUCGGUAUUUUCAACUUUGCAACGAAGCAGUUGGGAGGGUCAGUCAAGGUGGACUCCUUCACGGCGGCGUAA